AGUUUAUUUUUCUAAGUUUAAAUAAGAAGUUACUAGGGGUCCAGUCCAGCUUCGCACGUUCUUUAAAUUUUUGUUAUAUUUAUAUAUUUUAACAGAAACAGUCGUUAAUUUUGAUGUAAAACAAUUAAUUUGUCGAAAAAUAAAUUUUUAUUCUUUUGCAAUGUUACAACAAUAAAAUAACAAUAACUGUAAAAUUUUGGGAUUAGGAUAUAAAUUAAGGAAUAGAACGACAUUCCUUCCACUUGGGCACGGACGAAUCGUCAUCGUCUUCAAAAUGCAACCAGUCCUACUAAUAGUGUUUUCUGGGAUUGUGGCUACUGUUACAGCAACUAUAGAUCCCUACCACAAUGUACAACCAGGACUCCCCUACAUGUUUACACAGACAGAUACGCAAAAAGGGCCUUUUGAGACGUUCAACGGUGGUAUCAGUGAACAAGAGAACACCUCAAAAUAUUGGCGCGAAUUGAGCGUGGAUGUGUUACGAGAAAAGUUGCAUACAACCCAAAAGAAAGGAGUAGCCAGAAACCUUAUACUGUUCUUGGGAGACGGAAUGUCUAUUGCUACCCUCACAGCGGCAAGGAUAUAUCUUGGGCAGCUCAAGAAAGAAGCGGGAGAGAAAACACGUUCUUAAGUUUCGAGAAGUUUCCUUACACUGGACUGGCCAAGGUAGUUGUUUAGUUGCAUUGUACAUUUUUACUUUUAAUGAACAAAACAUCUUGCAUACAACAAACAACAGAUAACAAAUAAAAGAAAUACAAUAUCAUAGAAUUAGACUUUUACUCAAGAGUUACAUAAAAACAAAUGUUACAAAAUGUAAAGCAAAAAUUAAAUAACUAUAAAAUUA